ACUUUGUCCUCUACAAAAUGUGUACAGUUAUUGAUCCAUCGCUCAGUUUUGUUUCCUCUGUGCAUGUGUUGCGUGCCUUUUGCUGUAUAUACUGUUAUCAAUAUACCCAGGGAUAUGACCUCCCUGAUAUACCGCUGAAUAAUAUGUUUGUACUGUGUUGCAUGAUAAAGGCUUAACGCAUGGAUUUAGCACAUGUGUUAUUAUCUGGCCCCUUUUACCAACCAAUAAUCAUUUCUCUUCUUGUAUGUAGAGGAUAUUGGACUUACCCGUUCAUGUGUUAUCGCUUACUUUGUAGACCGUGUACGUUGUGAUAUCCAGCUAAUAGUCAACCAAGUCGUCAGCUGGUGUAAACAAAUAGACAGGGAAACAACGUCAAGCUGAAAAUCAUGGCUUCCAAGAAGAGGAUUUGUUUGGACGACUUUGAGGAGGAAGCUAAAGGAUGCCUCGACCCAAUGAUGUGGAAUUACUACCGGGGCGGGGCCGAUGAAGAAGUCACUCUCCGAGACAGUCACGCUGCAUAUUUGAGGUACCGUCUGAGGCCAAAGGUCUUACGUGACGUCUCCAAGAGAGACCUUUCGACCACCAUCUUAGGUCACAGGGUCUCCUUCCCUUGCGGCAUCUCACCCACCGCCUUCCACAAGGGAGCGCAUCCAGAUGGGGAAAUCGCUACGGCGAGAGCUGCUGCAGCCGCUGGUGUGUUCAUGUCUUUAAGCUGUGGAGCAAACGUUACGAUCGAAGACAUAGCCGACUCUGCUCCAGGAGGACUGCGGAUGAUGCAGACAUACAUCUACAAGAAUCCAAAAAUCACAGAACUUUUGUUGAGACGGGCCGAGAAAGCUGGCUUCAAAGCUUUGUUGGUAACCGUGGACGUUGCUGUCUACGGGUAUCGCAGAAACGAAAAGGAGUUUGAUCUGUAUGAAACAGUGCGAACAAAUCCUGCUUAUCAUCAACUAAAAUGGGUUAACAUGGAGAUGAUGAAGGAAGAGGCCGAUCAAGCAAGAGCUGCCGGGGACCCGCUCCUCUGGGACUUGGCUGAUACCAUCGAUGAUGCACCUACUUGGGACGACAUCCGAUGGCUCAAGAAAAUCUCCUCCAUCCCCGUCAUCGUCAAAGGGAUACUAACAGGUGAGAUGGCUCGGGAGGCUGUCGGGGCUGGUGUAGAUGGUAUCAUGGUAUCGGCACAUGGCGGACGACAACUCGACACAUCCAUCGCCCCGUUGGAUGCACUCCCCGAGGUAGUAGAAGCAGUACGAGACACCAAUAUCGAGGUCUAUGUAGAUGGAGGUGUACGGACUGGUACGGACAUCAUCAAAGCACUCGCCCUGGGCGCUCGGGCAGCAUUCAUCGGUCGGCCCGCUAUCUAUGGCAUAGCGUGCGGGGGUGAAGAAGGGCUGACAGAUCUCCUGGACAUUUUGAAGGAUGAGUUUAGCAGAGCUAUGGCUUUAUCAGGAUGUGCGAGGGUAGAAGACAUCGAUAGAUCACUGGUGAACCAUCGAUGCUCGUGUUGUGAUUCAAAGCUUUAGAAAUAAUGAAUUAAUUAUUUACAUUUUGAUUCAUAUUUCUCGUGUUGUCAUUCACUCGAUGUAUGUUAUCUUGCUUACCUCAGUUUUUGCUACAUCGGGCAAGCUUUUGUGUAAUUAAUAGCCAAUAAUGUUUGAGAGAUUUAUAUGCAUUAACUUGAAUAUACUAUCUUCCAAUAAUGAUAUAUGGUGCUAAUCGUGUAAGAUAAGAGAGAAGAAAAAAUAUCACUUCCUGAAAUUCAAUAAUAAUUCCUUCUUUCCAAUUUUAUUCUGAGUAAAAUGGUCAAAACCUAGCUGUAUUGAAAUAAAACACAAACAUCUAACAUUGAAGCAAGCUGUACACAAUAAUGUAAGUCAAAUGACAUUUAUACAAUGAUGUAUGCACACUGACAAAGUUUCUGGGCCUAUCAUUCCUUAUUCAGAAAUGAAUCAGUAAAUCGCGGCUGAUUUUUGUUUGUUUUCAUAAUUUGUAUGCUCCAUAUUUCUGUAACUUAUGACAGACAGCUUAAUAGUGAAUAGACAUAGAUCCUAUGCAUAGGACUAUCAUGCCACACAGUUGCCAUUCAUUUAAUACAAUUUAUUUUUAAUGUCACAGUUCACCCCUUAUCUGAACGAGCCUUAAAAUAUAUAAAAUUGUAUAUACAUUGUAUAAAAAGUGUAAUACAUGUACAAUCAAGUUCCAGUGAAUGCAGAUUCUGCACACAUUAAUGUCAUAACUGCUAUGAUUUUCAUCAUUCUACUUCAUUGUUACCACACACAAAUAGUACUGGUUUGUUUACUUUGUGGUAAGUUGGUUCUACUUUAAUUAACACAGUAUUUUAGUAUACAGUAUUUACUCUAUGCGGUACACUCAUGAAAAUGAAAGAUUUUAUAAAAUGUGAAAUGUGUAAAAACGUUUUCAAAAUAUAAAGAUCAAAGGCCUUUGGCAGCAUUGUUCAUUAAAUUUGUAUUUCAAUGACAAAAAGAUGCUCUUUAAUUGUACAAUGUAGUCUUAUUGUUUAAGGUUUCACUAAAAAAUUCACAAACAUUUUAUUACUGGUAUAUUGGUAUUACGUUGCUAUGAAAGACUAUGGAGUGAAUAUAAUAAUUUCUUUAGACAGAGAUGUAAUACUUUUCUGUACUGUAUAAUAUGAGCAGCAUUUGUUCAUCUUGUUUAUGAGAGCUUAAUUUCAUUUAGCAUGAUGUUAUUGACAAAUUUAAAUAGUGUAUCAUAAUCUCAAUUUUAUAUCUUGCAGUAUUCAUACAAUUAUGUGUUUAUAAAAGCUGGAUUACAAUGACAAACCAAUCUUUUGAAUUGUACAACAUAGUAUAACUGUAUAAUUGUUCAUAAUAAAUUCACAAACAUUUUAUUACCGGUUUAUUGAUAUUGCAUUACUAUGAAAGACUAUAGAGUAUAUUACUAGUGAAUAAAAUAUAUUCUUAAGAUAGAGAUGUGAAUAAAGUACU